AUGGUGGCCACCAAUAUUCUGUCCCUUUACCACCUCUCCUCCACCCUCCAGUCCACGCCACCGACUCCUCCGCCAGUUCCCGACCACCUUAUCCACCAGCUGACCACUAUACGAGCCACCAUCAACCACCUUACUAGCCUCCAACCCGCCACCCCACCUACCAAGAAAACCCCCUUCUCCUCCACCCCUUCUGAUCUCCUCCUAUACACUCAUAUAGCCCCUAUCGCUUCCUCUUGUAAAGAUCAUCCUAUCCUCCUGCACCAGUAUAUGAAUUACACUCCCUUUGCUCUGUGCCCAAAUGACUCUCCCUUAGCUGAGGAUCUUAUUCUCCGAGGCUGUCACCCCCUCCCCCGCCGCCGCUGCUUUUCAAGAACCACCUCCACCAUCCCAUCCUCACUUCCCACAAACCCAUUUGUCACACUCCCGGAAAAAACAGCAUUAUUAGGCCAUUACAGCUGCAAGACUUUCUCCUGCUUUGCAAAUACGAAAUCUGACAUGGGUUUUGACAUGAAAGUAGAGAAAUCAAGAUUCUUGGCUUAUAAAUCAGAUCUGGAUCUCCCAAUCCAGCAGCUCUUCCAGCUUUCUGAAUCUGCAAAAAGUGUCAUUAGACUUGCCCUUGAUAUUGGCGGUGGCACCGGCACUUUUGCUGCCCAGAUGAAGCUGCAGAAUGUGACAGUCAUAACAACAACAAUGAAUUUUGGUGCCCCAUACAAUGAAGCCGUGGCGCUGAGGGGAUUAGUGCCACUCCAUGUGCCAUUGCAGCAGAGGCUGCCGGUGUUUGAUGGGGUGGUGGAUCUUGUGAGGUGUGGGCGUGCUGUCAACAGGUGGAUACCGCUGACCGCAAUGGAGUUCUUGCUCUUUGAUGUGGAUAGAGUUUUGAGAGAAGCCAUUGUCAAAAUGACUCUUCCUGAGGACAUCUCUCUGAGAGAACUUGUUCUGUUCAAAAUUUACGAAGUUGAAUCCUUUCCCCUUCGAAAGCUCAAGCAAAUUACGUUUCUGGGUCAGACAUUCUGCAGAUUCUUGUUUGCAAAAAGCCCUCAUAGAUUUAAAGAAAUGUAG